CUCUUCUCUCGACAGAUUCCAAGUAUGGCAGACUGGACUUGCAGCGCCAACGAUGCUUUCAAAAUCUCUCUGGUUCGUGCCACCAAUGAUCAAGAGUCGCUCGGAGAGCAGGAGGCGUUCGAAUUCUAUCCGGCAUUCACCUAUCCCAUAUUCGGGACGGACGAGAAGAUCUAUGGAUACAGAGACCUGGUUAUAGACCUCAGACUCGCCUCGGCGUCUCUGACACCCUUCCUGCACGUCAAAUAUGGGGAGAAAUUGUCGUCUUCCACAGUGGAUGAUGUUGAAGGAACGCUCUCCGAAUUUUUGCCUGACGAAUACCAUACGGACGAGGCGACUUGGAAGGCUCUUGUUGAAAAUGAGGCGACUACGUUUAAACCUGUCGGGGAGCUGAUCCACACGUACACACGACCAGCGCCAGGGUGGAAGGGAAAGGAUACAGAAUCAUUGGAUCCGGAAAGUGAAAACGCUAUUGCAUUCGAGAUAUACCAUGCAACAUGGAAUUCACCUGGUUUCACAGAGUUGCAUCGGCGCAUGCAGCUGUUUGUCUUGCUUUAUAUCGAGGGCGGUUCGUAUAUUGAAGAGGAUGAGGAAACAUGGGAGUUCAUGGUGCUAUACGAGAAGCGGAAACGACGGUCCAAUCCCAGCGUUGCAACAUAUCACUUUGUUGGAUAUUCUUCUUUGUACCCUUUCUACUGCUUUCCAGACAAGAUCCGACUACGGCUCAGUCAAUUUGUCAUUCUUCCACCGUAUCAACGUAGCGGACAUGGCUCCGAACUCUACAAUCGAAUCUAUCAAUACGUACUCUCUGAAGAGCGUAUCUCCGAACUAACAGUGGAAGACCCCGCUGAAGCAUUCGAGGAUCUGCGAGACAAGAACGAUUUAUUGAUGCUGCUGUCGCAUCAACGCUUCAUGGAGGAAGGUGUCGGCGGCGAAAUCUCGUCUCAUGGUGGCGGCCGGGUUGGCGGCGUCGGGAAGCGUGGCCGGAGUGGAAGAGGAGGAUCAAGCACUGCGACAGUCCAAGGCAAGAUGGGUCCGCCGGCUGAUAAAGUCUGGGUCGAGCACUGGCGCAAGGCGCUAAAAAUAGCGGGGCGCCAAUUCCGACGUUUGAUUGAGAUGCUUAUACUACUUCGACUCGAUCCGAGCGACGGUCGUGCGAUGAGAGCUUAUCGACUACAGGUCAAAGAACGACUGUAUCGAUUCAAUUUUGAAUCUUUGGCUCAGGUGGAGAAGGCGGAACGUCUCGAAAAACUGGAUGAAACAUUCCAGAGCGUGCGCGAUGAUUACAUGCGAAUAUUAGCCUUGCUUGGCCACUAAAUGUGUGGUGCAUAUUAUUGAAUUUUACCCGUCAAUUGUACCCGAAUCCGAAAUCGAACCCUGCGCGAAUCUCCCUCGGAACCGCAGCCGUCGUUGGCGCUUGGAAUGGUGGAAGUGACCCUCUUCAUUUUGCGUAGACAUCUCUCCCAAGCUUCGUGUGUGCGGUCGACGCUGAGUCCAGCCACCUCUAACCGAUGAAGAUCGUUAUUUUUGAUUUUUCCCUCUCCCAACUCCAUCCUCACAAGGAGUCGAUGCAAGGAUGCACCCAGUUCCUCUGAGGCUCCUGCUCGUCGCCCGUCAAAAUCCUUGAUCCGCAAAUCCGUGAGAGACGGAACGGUCAGGUGGUCGAGCACGGGAAUGAUGUUAUUGGCCCUGAGUUCGAGUGCCUCGAGCUCAGGCAGAUGCAGGGUCUCCUCCUCCUCUUCCUCGUGGUCGGAAUUCAUCUCCGCCGCACUCGGUUCAGUCAGGCGAGCCUCGAUGAAAAGUUUCCGCAGGCCGGGGGCAAAAUGUAAGAGUGCCAAGACAUCGUCUCCGGAAAUAGGCGACGAAACAAGGGGCUGGGCGAGACAGAAGCUUUGGAGACUUCUGAGGUCCAGACCAGGCAGUGACGACAACACGACAUUGGUCACUUCCAGAUGAGUAAUUCCUGAGAGCGCGGGGAACGUAGGGGGGUUGGCCACGGGGAGCGCGUCCUGCGAAGUGGCACAGAUUCGCAGAUUGCGUAGAGCGAUGGGCUCGUGAUACAUACAGGCCAGAGCCUGACUGGCCUGGAGCUGAGUCUGCACAUUCAGGGUUAUGGAUCCGAUCCGAUGUAGGGGAAAGAGAAUCGGUGCCAGGAGCGAUUCGGGUGUGUCUUUGCCGUCGAGUUGGAUGUGGAGAUCGAUGCUGCAUGCUCCAGAGCGGCUGAACCACAAAUGUGCCUUUUCUGAGUCGUCCCCCUCUUUAAGCUUGAGCGUGCGCCAAGACGUGGGUGUGCGGAACGCGACGUCCCGAAGCAGACGCGACACGGCACCGAGAAUGAGUGGUGCAGCCCAGUGGCUGGUAGAGCAGUGGGUGAUCACUUCACCGAGCAGUUCGAGGGGCAGCGCGCCGAUGCCGAUUGCAGACAUGGGGGAGGGAACGAUGAGGAACGGAUUUUGCAAGAAAUCAUGGUCGUCGUGCUGAUAUCCACUGCAGGGCCUGUCCAGAUUUGGAAUCUGUAGUUCAUCCGUCAAGUUCUAGACCACCCGAUCAUAAAUCCGAUUGACAGCCUCGACCGUUGAAGCUCGUUUCAGAAGAUUUCAACCAUGCGUAGCCAACGUAGCGAGGCUGCAGUGUGAAAUCCCUGGAUACAGGGCCCAGGGCUCGCAUACAGUGCAUGUUCCGCGUAGCACACAGCAGAUAAUUGCAAAUUUGCAAUGAAAUACAUUUUCUGCAAGUAUAGACCCCGCCCAAUGUCACCAGUCCUCGGCCGCGGGCAUUUGGCCGUAAAUCAGAUUGAAAUCUCUCCGUGAUUCGAAUGUACGUUAGCCAUACAUAAUCGAACGCGGCGCGAAUAAUCUCAUUCGCUGUUGCCAUUUGACGAGCCACAAGUCCGAAUCACCGCAGGGCUCGCAGACGCGUGGCACGCCGGCCCGGAUCCUGGCACUCCAAGCAUGCCCUUGCAUGUGGCGGUGGCUUCUCGGAUCAAAUUCUCAUUUCCCUAGUUCUGGGGCCGACGACAAUGAGCACCCGCCUAUCCUCCGCAUCAGAGUACGACGCUCUCUUGGAGAAGUACGACACAUGGAUGUUUGACUGCGAUGGGGUGCUUUGGCACGGCGAUCGCCUUAUCGAAGGUGCCAUCGACGUCCUGCAAUUGCUCCGGAGUCGAAAUAAGCAAGUCCUCUUCGUCACCAAUAACGCGACCAAGUCCCGCAAGAGCUACAAGGGCAAGUUUGACAAAUUGGGUGUGGAGGCUCAUGUGGAUGAAAUCUACGGUUCUGCGUAUGCAGCUGCGGUAUACAUCUCAUCAGUGAUGAAGCUUCCCAAGGACAAGAAAGUUUAUGUCAUCGGGAUGAAGGGGAUGGAAGAAGAGUUGCAAGGAGAGGGUGUCUCGUUCAUAGGAGGCAUGGAUCCCGCCGACUGUACCCUCGAAACUUUCUCUUUGGACAACUUUACUCUUGAUCCCGAUGUUGGCGCGGUUCUCUGUGGCCUGGACACGAACAUCAACUACACCAAACUCUCGAAGGCGUUCCAGUACUUGACGCGUAACCCCGGCUGUGCCUUCCUCGUCACAAACGAGGACAGCACAUAUCCUGCCGGUGCAGGGUUGCUACCAGGGGCUGGAGCGAUCAGCGCUCCUUUGCGGUACGCGCUUGGCCGUGAUCCCAUAAGCAUCGGCAAACCAGCGAGCACGAUGCUGGACUGCAUCAAGGCCAAGGUCAACUUCGACCCUAAACGCACAAUCAUGGUCGGAGAUCGCCUCAACACCGACAUCCUUUUCGGUCAGGGCGGUGGGCUUGCAACGCUGCUCGUCCUCAGUGGUAUUACGACAGAAGCUGAGAUUUCUGGUCCGAACCCGUCCCCUACCGUCCCAGACUACGUGACUAGCUCCAUCGGCGAUCUUCGCGCCGCUGCAAAGAAUUAG